GCCAAGGAGGUGAUAGCGGCGUCCCUGGGCACCAAGAGCAGCCAGGAGACCCUGCGCACGGCCCUGGCCGUGGGCGCUGACCGGGCCGUGCUGGCCGAGGUGGGGGAGGGGGUGGCCACGGGGCCCCGCGAGGUGGCCACGGCCCUGGCGGCCCUGGUGGGGCGGCUGCAGCCACAGCUCGUGCUGCUGGGCAAGCAGGCCAUCGAUGACGAUUGCAACCAGACCGGGCAGCUCCUGGCAGCCAUGUUGGACUGGCCGCAGGGGACGUUCGCCUCGCGGGUGGAGCUGGAGGACGGCGCCGUGCGCGUCCAGCGGGAGGUGGACGGAGGCCUGGAAACGCUGAGGCUGCGCCUGCCGGCCGUGCUGACCGCUGACCUGCGGCUCAACGAGCCCCGCUACGCCACUCUGCCCAACAUCAUGAAAGCCAAGAAGAAGCCCAUGGAGGUGAUUCCAGCAGCGGAUUUGGGGGUCUCGGGGGGCUCCCCCCGCCUGAAGGUGCUGCAGGUGCAGGAGCCACCGGCCAGGGCAGGUGGGGAGAAGGUGGAAAACGUGGAGACCCUGGUGGAGAAACUGAGGCAGAGCGGCCGCAUCUGAGCCUCCCAGUUCCUCCCAGUUCAUCCCAGUUCAGCCCAGGAACCCUCCCGGUGCUGUACCAGUAAGCACCAGUAAGGAGGAGUUUGUCCCAGUUUGGUGCUGCUGGGUUUUUAAUGGUUCUUCUGUCCUCGCUGGUGCCUUUUGGGCUGGACCAGUUCGUCCCAGUUCAUCCCAGUCCCCUCCCAGUUCAUCCCAGUGCCCUCCCAGUUCAUCCCAGUCCCUUCCCAGUUCAUCCCAGUGCCUUCCAGUCUGGCCCAGGCCCUCCCAGUGCCUUCCCCCCCCGCCCCCCAAUAAAGGCGUGGCCAGUCGAUGACGUCAUCAC